GGCCCCAUCUGACUCCGAGUCGAUAAAAAUUUCAUCGCCUUUUCAGUCUCUCUCUUAUCCCACUUUCUCUCUCUCUAAAAUCCCAAAAAUGGCUCUGCAACUGUGGGAAACACUGAAAGAGGCGAUCGUGGCCUACACAGGCCUCUCUCCGACGACCUUCUUCACUAUGCUAGCUCUCCUUGUGGCCAUCUAUCAUGUGGCGUCGGGGUUGUUUGGGUCGUCCGACAACCACCAGCGGUCUAGGAGCUCGGAGGAGGAGAUGCAGCCUCUGACGCCUCCCGUCCAGCUCGGCGAGGUCACCGAAGAAGAAUUGAAGCAGUACGACGGCUCUGAUUCCAACAAGCCUCUGCUCAUGGCUAUCAAGGGUCAGAUCUAUGACGUGUCCCAGAGCAGGAUGUUUUAUGGACCUGGUGGGCCUUAUGCACUGUUCGCAGGGAAAGAUGCUAGCAGAGCUCUGGCAAAAAUGUCGUUUGAAGACAAAGAUCUGACUGGUGAUAUCUCUGGUCUUGGUCCAUUCGAACUCGAGGCCUUGCAGGACUGGGAAUACAAGUUCAUGAGCAAGUAUGUCAAGGUCGGAUCUAUUAAGAGCACCACUCCUGCAACUGAAGGAGAAUCCACUGGUGAAACCGCUAAAGCCGUCGAUCAAGAUGCUGCUAAGCCUGCUGAAGAUAUUCCAUACGAUAGUCCAGCUGUUAAAUCCGAGGAAUCGUCAUCUAGUGCUGAAGCUAAGCAAGAGUAAUUGCAAAGCCGAAACCAUUUCUCUGGAGGUACUAAAGAUGUUGGGGUCUGGCUGGUGCAUGUUUGUUGAAUCUUAUGCACACACACAUAAGUUACUACUUUCAUAGCCUAGGAUAAUCCUGUUAUAAUCAGAUUUUCGUGCAUGCUUAGUUUGUGGUGUAAUAAAUCAGCAAUGUUCGACUUCUGUGAGUACUUUGUGCGGUUAAGGAAUUAUAUACAGAUGAUUCGUACA